AUGUACAUUGCCUUGUUCGCUGGACUAACCACUGCGCUACUGACCAUUCAUGGUCUUGCUUCUUUGAUCGCCGGUCCUAUAAUUGGCCACUUCGCAGACAAGACGUCCAGCAAGAAGACGCCGCUACUCGUAGCGCUGACUGGCCCCACGGAUGGAAUUGCAGUCUGGGCGCUCUUCCUAGGACGAGUAAUCCAAGGUAUUGCGGGAUGUGCCACAUGGGUCAUUGCCCUUGCUACGUUGACUGAUAUAACGAGCAAAGAACACAUGGGAAAGGUCAUGGGAGCCGCCAGGUCUUUUGCGUCUACCGGCGUCAUUGGAGGACCUAUGAUCGGCGGUGUUCUACUCGAGCUAACCGGAUAUUGGCCAGCCUGGUCUGUACCCAUGGCGGUUCUUAUCUUAGACAUGGUCUUUCGUCUUCUGAUGAUUGAUCUUUCUAAGCAGCCAGUACCGGAUGAGUCGUCGUCUUCCGUAUCCCCGGUUGAGAGAGUCGCCCAUGAUGAGACUACCUCCUUAUUGUCUGCUGCGGCUGAUGUUGAGCCAGGUCCCGAGAGCUCAGGAGCUGAAGAGUCAAAUACUUCUUUAACUGGCGGUUUUUAUUACAUUAUGCUUCGCGAUCCCAGGGUUCUUUGUAGUCUCGCAAACAGCUUGACAACCUCAGCAAUUGUUGCCGGGUUUGAUACGACCCUUCCUCUACAUGUACGGAAGGCUUUUGGUUGGUACAGCUUGCCUGCUGGUAUGAUGUUUCUCUGCCUACAAAUUCCUGCCAUCCUAUUGGGUCCUGUGGCGGGGUCGCUUCGAGAUCGAACUGGUGUUCGAUCAGCUACUAUCUGCGGCUGGGUCAUCCUAACUCCAUUAUUUCUCAUUCUGGGAAUUCCUGGAGACCCUCAAUUCCCAUGGGCUAGUAAUGAAGCUUACGGAAAGCCCAUCUAUCUGGCUUCCCUAUCUGCAAUCGGCCUUGCUCUUUGUUUGGUCCGCGGUUCGGGUGGCCAACAAAUGUCAGGUACAUACACUGUCUAUCUGAUCCUCGUUAUUAGUUCGAAUGAUGUGCUGACCAGAAUCUUAGCUAUAACCAAGGAUCUUCAAGCCAAAAACCCGCAGGUCUUCGGAGCUCAUGGGGGGUCCUCUCGCGUUUCCUCCUUAUACGGGGUCUCCUUCAGCCUCGGAUUGAUGCUUGGACCUUUCCUCUGUGGUUCUCUCGUGGAUAUUGCUGGAUAUUUUUACAUGAACUUGAUAAUGGGUAAGCUUGCUGCCCUACAACUUUCAACUGUUACUGAUCAAUCUUCAUUCCAGCACUUAUAUGUCUCCUAA